GCCCGCCCGCCGGGGCGCAGAGCUGGAGAGGCCGCCAGGCUAGAGCCGGCUUCGCCGGCCGAGUCAGGAGCCAGGAGGGAGCCACGCAGCAGCCCGGGGCUUGGGGGACGCCGCAAGCACAGGGCCACCAGAGUCAUCACCCUAGAACUUCAACCUGGGAAGCCUGUGUUCUCUCCCUGGUUCUGCCACUGCCUGGGGCUUCACUGUCCUGUCCUGGGGUUGUGUCUUUCUUUCAAGGUUGUUGGGAAGUUACUGCUCCAUUUGCCGUGCAGAAGAGGAAACCAAGAAUCAGAUAAGUUAAGUGACUUGCUGAAGAUCCCAGGGUAGACCGGCUACAGCAGUGAUACCUCAGCCCCUGUCUCCUGAUCCCCACGGCUCUGUCCAGGGAACACACUCUGUGGGAAGCCGGGCCGAAGCAAGAUUUUCCAGCUAAUCUUAAAAGGUAAAAGUCUCUGUUUUGAGGUAUCCGAACACCCAAGUUCUUAUUAUUUUCAUCAUGUGCUUCUGCCUAGCUCUGGCAUGGACACUGCUAUUGGGUCCUUGGGCCCCCAUGGGAGCCCAGAGCUCCAUUUCAUGGGAGGUGCAGCGAUUUGAUGGGUGGUACAACAACCUCAUGGAGCACAGAUGGGGCAGCAAAGGCUCUCGGCUACAGCGCAUGAUCCCAGCCAGCUAUGCAGAUGGUGUCUACCAGCCCUUGGGAGAACCCUACCUGCCCAAUGCCCGAGACCUUAGCAACACUGCCAUGAAGGGCCCUGCAGGGCAGGCCUCCCAGCGAAACCGAACGGUGUUGGGGGUCUUCUUUGGCUACCACGUUCUCUCGGACCUAGUGAGCGUGGAGACGCCCGGCUGCCCCGCCGAGUUCCUCAACAUCCGCAUCCCGCCCGGAGACCCCGUGUUCGAUCCCGACCAGCGCGGGGACGUGGUGCUGCCUUUCCAGAGGAGCCGCUGGGACCCCGAGACCGGACGGAGCCCCAGCAACCCGCGGGACCUGACCAACGACGUGACGGGCUGGCUGGACGGCAGCUCCAUCUAUGGCUCCUCGCACUCCUGGAGCGACGCGCUGCGGAGCUUCUCCGGGGGACGGCUGGCGUCGGGGCCCGAUCCCGCCUUCCCUCGAGACUCGCAGAACUCCCUGCUCAUGUGGGCCGCGCCGGACCCGGCCACCGGGCAGCGCGGACCUCAGGGGCUGUACGCCUUCGGGGCCGAGAGAGGGAACCGGGAGCCCUUCCUGCAGGCGCUGGGCCUGCUCUGGUUUCGCUACCACAACCUGUGGGCUCAGAGACUGGCCAGCGAGCACCCAGACUGGGGGGACGAGGAGCUGUUCCAGCACGCUCGCAAGAGGGUCAUCGCCACCUACCAGAACAUUGCUCUGUAUGAGUGGCUGCCCAGCUUCCUGCAGAAAACACCCCCGGGGUACACAGGAUACAAGCCAUUUCUGGACCCCAGUAUCUCCCCUGAGUUUGUGGUGGCCUCUGAGCAGUUCCUCUCCACCAUGGUGCCCCCUGGCGUUUACAUGAGAAAUUCCAGUUGCCACUUCCAGGGGGUCAUCAAUCAGAACUCAAGUGUCUUCAGAGCAUUCCGGGUCUGCAAUAGCUACUGGAACCGAGAGCACCCAAACCUACAAAGUGCUAAAGAUGUAGAUGCAUUGCUGCUGGGUAUGGCCUCCCAGAUUGCUGAGCGAGAGGACCAUGUGGUGGUUGAAGACGUUCGAGAUUUCUGGCCUGGGCCAUUGAAGUUUUCCCGCACAGACCAUCUGGCCAGCUGCCUGCAGCGGGGCCGGGAUCUGGGCCUGCCCUCCUACACCAAGGCCAGGGAAGCGCUGGGCCUGCCUCCCAUUACCCGCUGGCAGGACAUCAACCCUGAACUCACCAGGAGUGAUGGCACAGUGCUGAAGGCCAUAGCUGUCCUGUACAACCAGGACCUGUCUCGGCUAGAGCUGCUCCCAGGGGGGCUCCUGGAGAGUCAUGGGGACCCUGGACCCCUGUUCAGCACCAUCGUCCUCAACCAGUUUGUGCGAUUGCGGGAUGGGGACCGUUACUGGUUUGAGAACACCAAGAAUGGGCUGUUCUCUGAGCAGGAGAUUGCAGAGAUAAGAAACACUUCCCUAUGGGAUGUUCUAGUGGCUAUUACCAACGUGAACCCCAGUGCCCUGCAGCCCAGUGUCUUUUUCUGGCUUGAGGGAGAUCCCUGCCCACAGCCAAGACAGCUCAGCACCGAGGGCCUGCCAACCUGUGCUCCCCCUGUCAUCCGGGACUAUUUUGAAGGCAGUGGAUUUGGCUUUGGGGUGACCAUAGGGAUCCUCUGCUGCUUCCCCUUGGUGAGCCUGCUCAGUGCCUGGAUUGUUGCCCAGCUCCGGAUGAGAAAUUUCAAGAGGCUCCAGGGCCAGGAUCGCCAGAGCAUCAUGUCUGAGAAGCUGGUGGAGGGUGUGGAAGCCUUGGAAUGGCAGGGCCGCAAGGAGCCCUGCCGGCCUGUGCUCGUGCACCUGCAGCCUGGGCAGAUCCGUGUGGUAGACAGCAGGCUCACUGUGCUCCGCACCAUCCAGCUGCGGCCUCCACAGCAGGUCAACCUCAUCCUCUCCAACAACCGUGGACACCGCACCCUGUUACUCAAAAUCCCCAAGGAGUAUGACCUGGUGCUGCUGUUUAACCUGGAAGGAGAGAGGCAGGCGCUGGUGGAAAACCUCCGGGGUGCUCUGAAGGAGAGUGGGCUGAGCUUCCAGGAGUGGGAGCUGCAUGAGCAGGAGCUGAUGAGGGCAGCCGUAACACGAGAGCAUCGGAGCCACCUCCUAGAGACCUUUUUCAGGCACCUUUUCUCCCAGGUGCUGGACAUUGACCAGGCAGACGCAGGGACCCUGCCCCUGGACUCAUCCCAGAAGGUACAGGAGGCUUUGACAUGUGAGCUGAGUAGGACUGAGUUUGCUGAGUCCCUCGGCCUCAAGCCCCAGGACAUGUUUGUGGAGUCCAUGUUCUCUCUCGCUGAUAAGGAUGGCAAUGGCUACCUGUCAUUUCGGGAGUUUCUGGACAUCCUGGUGGUUUUUAUGAAAGGCUCCCCUGAGGAGAAGUCCCGCCUUAUGUUCCGCAUGUAUGACUUUGAUGGGAAUGGUCUCAUUUCCAAGGAUGAAUUCAUCAGGAUGCUAAGGUCCUUCAUCGAGAUCUCCAACAACUGCCUAUCCAAGGCCCAACUGGCUGAGGUAGUAGAGUCGAUGUUCCGGGAGUCAGGCUUCCAGGACAAGGAGGAACUGACAUGGGAGGACUUCCACUUCAUGCUGCGGGACCAUGACACAGAUCUCCGCUUCACUCAGCUCUGUGUCAAAGGAGUGGAAGUGCCUGAAGUCAUCAAGGACCUCUGCCGGCGAGCCUCCUAUGUCAGCCCGGAGAAGAUCUGCCCUUCUCCCAGAGUGAGAGCCCGCUGCUCCCGCAGUGAUGUCCAGACUGAGUGGACACCAAAGAGACUGCAGUGCCCCAUGGACACAGACCCUCCCCAGGAGAUUCGGCAGAGGUUUGGCAAAAAGGUGACAUCGUUCCAGCCGCUGCUGUUCACUGAGGCCCACCGAGAGAAGUUUCAACGCAGCCGUCGCCACCAGACUGUGCAGCAAUUCAAGCGUUUCAUCGAGAACUACCGACGCCACAUCGGUUGCGUGGCCGUGUUCUACGCCAUAGCUGGAGGGCUGUUCCUGGAAAGGGCCUACUACUACGCCUUUGCGGCACACCACAUGGGCAUCACCGACACCACCCGCGUGGGCAUCAUCCUGUCGCGGGGCACGGCGGCCAGCAUCUCCUUCAUGUUCUCCUACAUCCUGCUCACCAUGUGCCGCAACCUCAUCACCUUCCUGCGAGAGACCUUCCUCAACCGCUACGUGCCCUUCGACGCCGCCGUGGACUUCCACCGCCUCAUUGCCUCCACUGCCAUCGUCCUCACAGUCUUGCACAGUGCCGGCCACGUGGUGAAUGUGUUCCUGUUCUCCAUCAGCCCACUCAGUGUCCUCUCCUGCCUCUUCCCCGGCCUCUUCCACGAUGAUGGGUCUGAGUUCCCCCAGAAGUAUUACUGGUGGUUCUUCCAGACUGUUCCAGGCCUCACAGGCGUUGUGCUGCUCCUGGUCCUGGCCAUCAUGUACGUCUUUGCCUCCCACCACUUCCGCCGCCGCAGCUUCCGGGGCUUCUGGCUGACCCACCACCUCUACAUCCUGCUCUAUGUCCUGCUCAUCAUCCAUGGCAGCUUUGCCUUGAUCCAGUUGCCACGUUUCCACAUCUUCUUCCUGGUCCCAGCACUCAUCUAUGGGGGGGACAAGCUGGUGAGCCUGAGCCGAAAGAAGGUGGAGAUCAGUGUGGUGAAGGCGGAGCUGCUGCCUUCAGGAGUGACUUACCUGCGGUUCCAGCGGCCCCAGGGCUUUGAGUACAAGUCCGGGCAGUGGGUGCGGAUCGCCUGUCUGGCUCUGGGGACCACUGAGUACCACCCCUUCACGCUGACCUCUGCACCCCAUGAGGACACGCUCAGUCUGCACAUCCGGGCAGCAGGGCCCUGGACCACUCGCCUCAGGGAGAUUUACUCACCCACAACGGGCGACAGAUGUGCCAAAUACCCAAAGCUGUACCUUGAUGGACCAUUUGGAGAGGGCCACCAGGAGUGGCAUAAAUUUGAAGUGUCAGUGUUGGUGGGAGGGGGCAUUGGGGUCACCCCUUUUGCCUCCAUCCUGAAAGACCUGGUCUUCAAGUCAUCAGUCAGCUGCCAAGUGUUCUGUAAGAAGAUCUACUUCAUCUGGGUGACACGGACCCAGCGGCAGUUCGAGUGGCUGGCUGACAUCAUCAGGGAGGUGGAGGAGAAUGACCACCAGGACCUGGUGUCUGUGCACAUCUACAUCACCCAGCUGGCUGAGAAGUUCGACCUCAGGACCACCAUGCUGUACAUCUGUGAGCGGCACUUCCAGAAGGUGCUGAACCGGAGUCUGUUCACGGGUCUGCGCUCUGUCACCCACUUUGGUCGACCCCCCUUUGAGCCCUUCUUCAACUCCCUGCAGGAGGUCCACCCACAGGUUCAGAAGAUUGGGGUGUUUAGCUGUGGCCCCCCUGGCAUGACCAAGAAUGUGGAAAAGGCCUGUCAGGUCAUCAACAGACAGGACCGGACUCAUUUCUCCCACCAUUAUGAGAACUUCUAGGUCCCUUGCCCAGAAAAGUUUGGGCCCACACCUCACCUCUGUUUCUGGCUGUAUCAGCCUCCCUUUCUUCCCACCUACCAAACUUGGUCCAGGUGGCCAUGUUCAGUCACCAUGCAUGGGCUCAGGAACCCCCAGGUCCAGAAUGUCUCAGCUUGGAGAAAUGGGGGGCACUCCCUAAGGAGUAGAGGUUGGGAAGUGAGGGAGCUAUUUGGUUUGGGGCAAAGCACAGCCUCUUCUUCCAAUCUAUAAAAGACAAGCUGACAA